CUCAGCGGCAGAAAGAUCCAACUACCGGCGAGGCUAACGGCCGCCAGGCGCCGCCCGAUAUCGCGACACGGAGGCUGACGGACGCAACGGCAUCCGUCCGUCAAACUCCGCUGUGGGCCCCGCCGCAUUUAGGCUUGGAAUAUAACGGCGCAUCGCGUCACAGAUCGCCGGAUGCCGCAGGUGACGUCUGCCAGCUCAGCACCCGCCGUCAUCCCUCCACCAUCCUAAGAAUCCAACAGCAUUUUUUUUAUUUCAAAGAAAUUUCGUCGUUUUUCUCCAUCCACCACCCCGCGUCUCCUCUCUCCCUCUCUCUGGUUUUAGAUCCCUGUCGCCGUUAUAAAUCGCGGGCUCGUGUCUUCUCAGUUCUGAUCUCCAUGGGAAAGUCGAGAUUUUUCGCCGUCUCUACUCUCUAUCUCAUCAAGGUCUCAGAGUUGCCGAACCAAUGUAGUUGGGACAAGGCAUUACAGUUCAGAUGUGACUAAUGACAGACUUACUCCUGGUGGUUUGAUCUGGCCCCUCAUGAAUGAAUUGCAGAAGAGCUCUUUUUUCAUCUGAUUAUGCUUUUGAAUAUUAUAUCGAUGAUGAUUAUAUGCCUGCAUUUUGUGCAAUUGCCAUUCCUUAAUAGCUUGAAUAAAGCUUGUUCUUUAUGGCUAUGAUGGUCUAUUUCAGAAGCACAGUACUGUUCAAAAUAUACUGGUGAAUCAGAUUGGCCCAUUGACUUGAUUUGGUCUGAUUUAACUUGUUCUGGGGCCUUGAGCUGGUUGCUGGGUAGGUAAACCUAAGUUUCAAAUCACACAGAUUGUGUUUUUCUCUCUUAUUUCAAUAAUAAAACUACAAAAGAAAGAAAAGAAGAGAGGAAAAAAGGGAUGGAAGGAAAAAAGAGAAGUGAUAUUUAACAUAAAACUCAUAAAAAAAGGGUAUCUGAGGAGCGUCAGAUUUACGCAGCCUUGCCUCUCAGUGCAGAGAGGCUGUUUCCAUGAUUUGAACUAGUGACACCUAGGUCACAAUUGAGCAAUUUUGAAUUGUUGUGCCAAGGCCCGCCCUCUAACAUGAAACUUAAAACCAUUUGGGUAAAUUCUUGGGUCCAUGGAGGCAUGCUAUUUUCUUAUUAUUCAUAUGUAAAAACACAUUUCCAGAUGCAUGAAGUUUCGCUAAAUGUAUCUUUAAAUUUCUAGAAAUUCACUUAGCAUAGCAAACAAGCAUGUUGAUUAUGAUCGAGCAUUGAAUAAUAUUUUACAAUUUUUGUUUUUUUAAAAAUUAUUCGUUAUCAUGCAUAUGUCGUCUUCAACAUGUACAAUUUCUUAAGCUUUAGUAAACAAUAAGCUAGAAUGUGUUUAAGAAAGAUUUCAUAUAUGUUGCAUGCCAUAGAAAAUAAAUCGUUCAUGCAUUUUUAACAUGUUGUGCUAUUUGUUUAGAAUUUCUCGAUUUCCUUUUUCUAAUUUAAUUAAAUAUUUUUUGAGCCAAAAAUAAACCCAACAAAGAUGAUAGGUUAAGUAUUAUUCAUAUUUUUGAACACAGACGGUUAAAACGAGGCCUACUUGCUAUGAUUAUGAUGAGGACUGGUGCACUCAAAUAAGAUUCGCAAUGUACUAGCCAGCGUUGUGGUAUCUCAACCAUGUCAAGUUUUGGUUCCUGGGUAGAACCUUUUGCGCAAUCUAUUUGGAUCUGUAUAUUGGUUAAUAAGAAGGGUCAAAGUACAUAAGAUCGUAUAACAAUGAGGUGGCUGUGGUAAAUUUUGAAAGGUUAUGGUGAGAACUGAGUAUCAGGAGGAAUAUGUGGUUGCAGCAAGUUAUUUGCUGGAGAUAUGAUAAUUAUGCCGUAGGCUUUGUCUAAUGAAUAAAAAGUAGCUUCAUCAGGAUAGGAGGUCUGAUUUUUCCUUUUCUUUGUCAGUAAGAGAAGAGCUUUGAAGGAAAAUCUAAAUCUAGGGAAUGAAGUUAUAUGAGAGGAUUUUUUAAAAGGAGAACUGACGGCUGGUGAUCUAUUUAUCAGGAAUAUACUUCAAGGAAGACUCAUACUGGACCCCAAAAUCUGGAAAAAAAUUGUUUGUUUGUGGUUAUAGUCGUUUAUUUUGUGCUUGUUUAAACACCUUUCAUUUGUCAGAUUGGGUCAUCAAUCAUGCAUGCCCUGGUUAUUGGAGCUGAACCUUUGAUACCAGCAUCAGAUAACGAAUCGUCUCUUUGUUUAUAUGAUUCUGCAUUCGUUUGGUUGUUCUUUUGUAGGGUGCAGAGUGCUGUCAAAGCCAAUCCUUUUGUGCAACCGCAAUGUGUUUUACAAGCACAAAAUCCUAAAUUAAAUUAUCGUCAUAUUUGAAACUUGAUUUCAAUAAAUCAUCUUCUUGGUGAUUUUUUUUCUUUUGUCCUGUGGAAUUAAAUAACUAAUCUCAUGUGCAGAUUUAAAUUGCCUGAAUUGAUGACAAUUUUGCUACCUAGAUAUGAGUAAUGAAGUUUGAGGACUCUCCAACCAGUGUGCUGCUUCGUGGAAACCUUUCUCACUUUGCAGCCUUAUCAGUUAUUCUCCAAGGCUUUUAUCCUCAAAACAUAAUCAGAUAUCUGCAGAAACCGAUCACAUUUUGUCCAAAGUUAAUUUGUCAUCAAAACGGCAGACAUGGACAGGGCAGACACAUCAGGCUUUGUUAGCAGUGGAGGUUGCAAUUUAACAUUCCAUGCGUAUUUCCAUUUCACUUACUCCAUUGUUUUAAACGACAAAGGCUUAAGAAAGAAGCACUAGAAAGAUUUAGCGGACCUCAUCUGCCGUCAAGCCCUCUUACUGCUGCCAAGUCCUUCCAAACCUUUAUUGCAUCUGUUGCCUCUUAUUUUGGACAUAGAAUGGAUUUUAUGAUGACAAAUCUUCUGUCACUUGGAAAGAGACCUCUGAUGAGUUCUACAGUCACAGGAUCAGCACAUAACUCAACGCAUGGCAAUACCGAUGGUUUCGGAGACAUUGCAUUGCAUCUGAGCUGCUCGGACUAUGACACCAGCAAGACUAAUAAAACAGUAUAUCCUCUGAACAACAAUGAUCUUUCUGCACAAGAUGAUGGCUGUCGGUUGGUCCUCGGAUUGGGUCCAACUCCAACUGCCUGUUUUUCAGGUUAUAGCGCAGCUGGAGUUAGUAAAACUAAAGAAUCUGCUACUUUUACAAGCCAAAGCUGGGGGUCUGAAUCAGAUUCUGAAAUGUUAGAACUUGGGCUCUCGAGGGGGCAUGCGGAACCGAUGGCCAAGGUGGAUGGCAGUCCAAAUCUUUGUUAUCCCCAAAAUCAGUCACCUCUCAUUAAAAAGCAUUUGCUGAUUCCUGUUGUUGAUGAGAAUUCAACUUCAGCCAACAGAAAUUCAGGGGGGCACAUGCCUGCUCUCCUUUUUGCUCCAGGGCUGGAUGAUGCAGGCUGCACUGAAGGUUUGCCAGAGACCCGUAAUCUAUUAGACCUUGGAAGCGAUGUAAAUGCUAGUCAUCAUUAUCACCAUCUUCAACAUGAGCUUCAAGUCAGUCCUGAGCCUAUAGCUGCAGCUGAUUCUUCGGUGGAUGUUGCCUCUGGCUGCCCUCCUUUUGGUCGGAGGACUUGUCAUCAUCUUAAGAAAUGCAUGUUCGACGGGUGUUCGAAAGGUGCUAGGGGAGCUUCCCGGCUCUGCAUAACCCAUGGAGGUGGGCAACGCUGCCAAAAACCUGGGUGCAACAAAGGCGCUGAGAGCCGGACAGCUUUUUGCAAGGCCCAUGGAGGAGGGAGGCGAUGCCAGAUGCUCGGAUGCACCAAAAGCGCCGAGGGAAAGACGGAAUUCUGCAUUGCCCAUGGAGGAGGGCGACGGUGUGGUCAUCUAGGGUGCAGUAAAGCAGCCCGUGGGAAAUCAGGGCUGUGCAUCAGGCAUGGUGGCGGGAAGAGGUGCGCCGUAGAGGGAUGCAGCCAAAGUGCCGAGGGCCAGGCGGGGCUCUGCAUCUCUCAUGGAGGGGGCCGUCGAUGCCAAUUCCCCAGUUGCGGAAAGGGUGCACAGGGGAGCACCAAGUAUUGCAAGGCCCAUGGUGGGGGGAAACGGUGCACCUUUGAGGGAUGCACCAAAGGGGCCGAGGGGAGCACACCCCUGUGCAAAGGGCACGGUGGAGGAAAAAGGUGCCUCUUCGAAAGUGGCGGGGUCUGCCCAAAGAGCGUCCAUGGAGGGACUAAUUUCUGCGUGGCCCAUGGAGGCGGGAAGCGGUGCACAAUGCUCGGAUGCACCAAAAGUGCCCGUGGCCGUACUGAUCACUGUGUGAGGCAUGGCGGUGGAAAGCGGUGCCACUUUGAGGAGUGCGGGAAGAGCGCACAGGGGAGCACAGAUUUCUGCAAGGCACAUGGUGGAGGGAAGCGGUGCACAUGGGGCUUAGGGUGCGACAAGUUUGCGAGGGGAAGGUGCAGGCUGUGCGCAGCUCAUGGUAGCAUGAAGGCACGACAGGAGAGCGAGGCUGUGAAGAGUGGGAGCAUGAUCGGACCAGGCCUCUUCCAAGGGAUUGUGUCCUUGUCCGCAAUGGCAGGAAGCAGCACGGACAAGGAUUACUCCACUUCAUACUCCACUUCAGGGGCAAGUUCUGUUUCGGAUUGCACCGAGUCACCGGUGGAUGGACAGCAACAGCUUCUUAUUCCUCCGCAGGUGCUGGUUCCCGUCUCUAUGAAGUCCCCAUCUUCUUCAUCAGCAUCAAUGACUGUGGGAAGCCUGACAAAGAGCUCUAGGCUUAUGAUCCCCGAGGGAAGGGUGCAUGGUGGGAACCUGAUGUCUCUGCUUAGAGGAAGCUUCAAGAAUGCUGUGGAUGGUGGGCUGGUGUGAACUCUGCUCAUGUGGAUCGAUCCUUUGAAGUAUGUAUUGGGAAGGAAGAAAGGAGAAUAGAUUAAUAGUAUCAUGCGUCCUUUGUAUGUUUUGGAGUGUUCAUUGUAAUUGAAGUGUCUAGCUAGCUGCUGUGAGUUUGUUGUUUCUGUCUAUACUUGCAUCUGCUGGGGAGACUCAAAUUUGGUGCCUUGAUGCAAUGGGCUCUGACUGAGCUUCUGAGCUGAAAAGCCUUAAAACUCUCUCAUCCAUUGUGAGGCUUGUUGUGUUUGUAUUUGGUUCUGGUAUGCAUGUGUUACUUUAAAUUGUCACUGUAAUUGUGAUUUGGGUGUAAUAGAAUAAUUCAGAACAACAGGCCAUUGCAUUUGCUUCAUUGCUCUGGCAUGUUGAUUAUUUGUAUGUCAUGUAAGCUUAUGCUUUCUUUUUUUUCUUUCAAAUAAAUGAGAAGAUGCUGCUCACUAUGACCA